GACUUUGUAUAACUUUAUUUUCUUUUUCAGUCAAAAAUCUUUAUAUAAAAAUGUAUUUCCUUCCACCAGAAGUUCAACUAGAUAUAUUAAAACACCUUAAUUUCACUCAAUUAUUAUCAAUCCAACAAACAAAUAUUUAUUUCAAAAAUUUCAUUAAUCAAUGCGAAAGUCUAUUGGCACGGAAAGAAGAAGAUCAAAUCGGAUUUUCUUCCGUCAAUGAGUUAUAUUUAAAUGAGUAUAAACUUUACAAGCCAGAUCCGAAACUUUAUGAAUUUAAAUUGAGUGAACAGCUCGAGGAAAAGUGGAAAUGUGCUAUAGAUAAAUCGAUUCCAAUGUUUUUAAGCUGCAAUGAUGAUGAUAGGAUGAAUAUUGUUGAUGUUUCCUUGUUUGAGAGUAAUCCUUCUUCCGAUUGGGGUCAGUUAUUUUUAAAUAUAUCCCGAAAUAUUUUCACCCUUUUUUCAUUACUUUUGUUUCCUUUUGCUUUAUAA